AUGAGGAGUCUUUUUCAAGAUAAAUUUCCAAUACCAGUGCUAAUGAAAACCAAAUGCUAUCAAAAAAGAAAUGGAUGGGAAGCGUUAGAUGAAACGGAGUUAGAUGCUUAUCUAGGUAUUCUUAUUUUUGCUGGAGUUUUCAAGUCUAACGAUGAAAGUUUAGAAAGCUUAUGGUCCGAAGCUUAUGGAAGACCUAUAUUUCGGGCAACAAUGUCUUUGAAACGUUUCAAACAAAUUUCUGCGAUUUUGCGACUUGAUAAACGUUCUGACCGAGAAGCAAGAAAACAGAGUGACAAAUUAGCAGCUAUUCUGGGAAAUCUAAAUAGCCAGGCCUCUACUGGCGAAUCAGGAAAUCAGCCUGACAAAAUUCCAGAGGUACAGGAUAUGGAUGCUGAGGCAUUAGCAGUUCUGGGUGAAAUAAACAUAGAACAGGAAAAAGGUCCACCUCUUCACCCUGAAAUUGCAAACAGAUGGACACCCAUACUGAGCAAAGGCCUAAAAAAGUUGAGACCAAAUAAUCCCAAAUAUCAAUUCACUUGUAAUGUAUCAGAAGUGUUCAAUCACCUUGAGCUUCAUCAGAUGGAUACAAAGGAUGUAAAAUUCCAAGCAAAGAAAACAGCAAUGCUAUUUGCUCUAGCAACAGGACAAAGAGCACAAACCUUAGCAUCAGUGGAAAUUGAUAAAAUAAAAAUAGAGGAUGACAAAAUUUGUUACUAA